CCGGCUGCGACUUGAAACUUCGCACAGUAACGUAUGAUUAUAGCAUUCAAGUGCAUAGUACUGGUAUGUAAACAGGCGACGAUCGGUAUUCCCCGGGGCCCUCGAAUCAAGGUAUUACUUACAUACUGCUGGCAGUAUAAACGAAAGUAGAUCAUUUUGGCCGCUCUGUUUGUUGUCGAGAGUGCAACAAAAAAAAGUGGAAGGUCGUUAGUUGUUUAGAUGUUGCUGUAUAAACAUCGGUAGUGAAGUCGCCAUGUCAAGUUAUAGUUCUUUGUGAUACGUUGCGGCACUUAUAUUAAUUGAUCUUCGAAAUCAUCGAGCAGGAUUUGGUUCAUAGUGUGAAUUCGACUGUAGCUACGUGCAGCACGCCCGAGGACGAAAAAUGGACAACAUGUACGAAAUCGACCCGCCAGCGGACUUUGUCGUCAACAGUCACGUUGAUGAGCUGCAGAAUAUGUUUCCGGAAAUCGACCGAAGAGUCAUCCAGAAAUUGUGUCUGCAUCGAGACACAAAAAAUAAACAACAAGAAUUCUAUCAGAUCGUUGAUCUUCUUCUCGUUCUGAACGAAACGGACGACGCCGAGCUUCGCCAAGAAAUGCUGAACGAGUUUACUCGACAGUCGAAUCAGCCCAUUGAACAGAAGCCGAUUAUCGACGAAGAUCAAGUGCUCCUCGAGGCGCUGAUAUCUGCCGACCGACUGGCCGGAGCCAACGUAAAAAUGAACGAAAAAUUGUCGCUGGAUUUUAUUCGUUCGAGUGAGAAGGAGGAAAAAUUGGAGAUUCUCGAGAAUAUAUUACCCAACUUCAAUCCAGAUUUAUUGAGAGAAUUUGUUGAAAAAAAUCCGACAGAGGAAGAAAUGAUGAAUUUUACUGACUAUCACUUGGGCAGUGUCAACAAACUCAAUAAACAAUCGAGAAUUCAACACUUUUCUAAAUUGAAAAAUGAGCAGCUCAUUGCUCAGUAUACAAAGAACUUUAAAAUUGAAAAAUUUUUGGAACACUUUCCUUAUCCUAUUGAAUACUUUGAAAAUGUUGAUAAAAAACGUACUUAUAAUGAGGAAGCUUUGAAUUUUCUUAAAAUGAGAUACCAAUUUGUUGAUAGUAAUCAAGUGGAGAACUACUACGUAUGGAUGAAACACAGUUUAAGCCUGGCAGAUGAAAAAUUGCAGGAACAGUAUGGUAAAGGUGUUGUAUUAGCUGAAGUAAAUACUGUUCAAAUUCCUCUGCUACAAGAAAUAGCAUACAUACAAAAUAAAGAAGAUAUAAAAGAGUACUUGAGAACUAUGGAAAUAAAAGAUGAACAAAUUAUGAACGCAUUAAGGAAAAAUGGACUUAUUACUGAAUGUCAAUGUUGUUUCGAUGACAUGAAAUUGAGUGAUGUCUAUGCAUGUGGAAAUGAUCAUCUUUUCUGUAAGCGCUGUAUAAACAAAGGCACUGAUAUGGCAAUUUCAUGUGGCAAAACAGUAGUCCUUUGUUUUCAAGGAUGCGGCAGUGAGAUUCCAUUGCAAGAAAUUAAAAGAGGAUUGCCUCAUGACACAUAUGAGACAUUUUUGAAAAAAAGACAAGAGGCAGAGAUAGAUGCUGCAAAAAUUGAAAAUUUAUCAACUUGUCCAUUUUGUCCAUAUUCAAUGGAAUUAUCGCCUGAAAUCAAAAUUUUUAAAUGCCAAAAUUCAGAGUGCAAACUAAUUAGUUGUCGACUGUGUAAAAAAGUGAAUCAUCUACCGCUGAAGUGUGAAGAGGUCUUGGAUACACACAAAAGCCGAUUACUACUUGAAGAAGAAAUGAGCAAAGUUUUAAUAAGGGUUUGUUAUAGAUGUCAAAAGCCAUUUGUUAAAACACAUGGUUGUAACUUAAUGACCUGUACUUGUGGAGCUCGAAUGUGCUACGUGUGUAAAGCACCUAUCAAAAACCAUGAUCAUUUUAUCACCAGUGCACGUUGUGCUGUCAAUUCUGAUGUAUUAAAUACUGAACAAUUGAAAACGCGUAAAUCAGAAGUAAUAAGCUAUAUUGAAACACAAUUUCCAGAUGUUGAAAUUCCAAAAGUUGAUUAACCUGAUGAAUACUUUUGAUUUUGAAUCUAUUUCCAUUUACUGUUAUUCCAUUUUUUACUUUAACUGUAAGUAUUAUAAGUGCCAGAAAGGAAAUAAUAAGUUGAACAAAGCUAGUUUAUAUUUAUAUUUUUAUAUUUAAAAUAAAACAAAACAAUGAGUCUCAACAACUAUUAGAACAUACAUCAAUGAAUAUAAAAAUAAAGAGAGAAACUAUUGUCGUUUUUGCAAAGCA